AUGAAAUACUCAUCGCAUUCAUAUCAAUGGAUUCCAUUGCUGUUUUCAUUGUUUUUCUUCACAUUUGUUUCUGCGACCCCGUUCAUCCUAACAAAACUGAAAGGAAGACACUAUACAAAUCGUGGAAUUUCAUCAAAGAGCCUUCCAGAUGAUUUUAAAACGUUUAAAUAUUCCCAAACACUUGAUCACUUCAACUACAAGCCAGAAAGUUAUCAAAAAUUUCAACAGAGAUUUGUGAUUAAUCAAAAGUAUUGGGACGGUGCAGAUGGUACAACCAGUGCACCCAUUUUUGCACUUCUCGGUCAUGAAGACUCGUUAGAUGCAAGUAUUGGGUUAUUGACUGAUCAAGCUAUCAAGUUUAAAGCUCUUCUAGUCUACAUAGAGCAUCGAUAUUAUGGGGAAUCAAUCCCAUUUGGGUCAGCUGAAAAAGCUUUCAAAGACGCAACCACGCUUGGAUACUUAAACUCUGCACAGGCUUUAGCAGACUAUGCAGAAAUUCUCAUCCACGUAAAAGAAGAGUUUGAAGCUCAGAAAUCUCCUAUAAUUGUCAUUGGAUUAUCAUAUGGUGGAAUGCUUGCUUCAUGGUUUCGAUUGAAAUAUCCACAUAUUGCAGUUGGAGCUCUAGCCUCCUCAGCUCCAAUUCUUUUCUUUGAGGAUAUAACGCCACAAAACGCAUUCGCUUUGGUGGUAUCCAAUGACUUCAAAGGAGUUAGCGAAAAUUGUUAUGAUACUAUAAAACGAUCUUGGUCUAUAAUUGAUGAAAUUGCUUCUGCCCAACAUGGGCUACGACUUCUUAGUACGAGAUUCAAGACUUGCAAGGACCUGAAAGAUUCUUCUGAACUCAAGAAAUACUUGGAAGCAAUAUACACAAUUGCCGCUCAAUCUAGCCGCUCACUUGUACAAAAAAUAUGUCAAAUAAUUGAUCAAGCUCCUACAGAUGAUUCUAUUCUUGACAAAAUAAUGGCAGUUGUCGUCGCUAUAGCAGGUGAUGCACCAUGUUACGUUAUUCCACCCGAAAGUGCUCCUGAUCAGUCAGAUAAGGCUUGGGAAUGGCAGAAAUGCACAGAGAUAGUGAUGCCUGGAGGACGUGGAGAUGAAACCAUGUUUCAACGUGCUCCUUUUAAUCAGAACGAUUACAACAGCCUUUGCAUGCUCUUGUUUGCCAUUAGACCUCGAACUCAUUGGAUAACUACUUACUAUGGGGGUCGUGAUAUAAAAUUAACUCUUAAAAGAUUUGCUAGCAACAUUAUUUUCUCUAAUGGGUUAAGAGAUCCUUAUAGUAGCGGCGGGGUAUUGGAGGAUAUUUCAGAGACAAUUCUUGCUGUGACGGCAGAACAGGGUACACAUUGUGAAGAUAUAUAUCCUACUAAGAAUACUGAUCCAAACUGGUUGGUCACCAUGAGAGAAACCGAAUUCGAAAUAAUUCAAAAAUGGAUCACACAAUAUUAUACAGAUCUUCAAUCUUGA